AUGAUGAAGAGCAUUGGCAUGAGUGUGGCAAGCGCUACUCCCGAGCAACUUUCACUGUCGCGGAUUCCGCUAGACGUAUUGCGGCUUGUCCUCUCCUUUCUUCCCGCUCCCGUCACACUGAAUACGGUUGCGGUGGUCUCGUCCCUGUUUUCUGCGGUGACACGCAGUGGAACAUACUGGCAAAAUGUGUGGAUUGAACGAGUCAGCGCAUUUUUUCGCAGCUACGCUCAAGUUGCGAAUUUACUCUCUUCUAGUAAUGGAUUCUCCUAUGCCUCCUCCUCCCACGAGCUGCUCGGGGAUCAUAAGAUUCUGCUUGCGUCCGUCCCAAGUUUGGCGUUGCCACGUCUCUGUAUUCACGGAUAUAGUGGUGAUUUGUCCGUCACGGAGGAACAUGACGACAAGGAAAGUCGUAUAACACAAAUGCGGCUGCGAGUUGGGUCCAUGGUUUUGCUUUCUGCGCUCUCCGUUGACGCCUCUACUUUGGCGCAACAUCUUAUCUCGUCAUCCUCACGGGAGGAGCGAUGCAAUCAUCACCAUUAUCAUAAUCAUCGUCACGAUGGGGACGAGGGGAGGAAUGAGUUGGGUGCAACAAAUGAAUUGCGGCGUAAAAAUUGCGUCAAGGAUCAUCUUCGGCUGCGAAAGGCUCUUUACUUUCUUGAUGACGAGAAGGCGUUGGAUUUGGCUACGAAGAGGCGCCCCAUGAUUGAUAGUCUUUAUGCGAUACGCCUCUUUAUGCUCCACCUUGCAUUGCCGCCCCCGCAUCGCCGCGAGGGAACGCCGUUGGAGCGAGAGGCAGUGCUUGCAGAGUUUAUUAGUGCCUUGGUGUAUGCGUGGGAGUGCUGCCAUCCGUCGAUGCGUCCGGAUAUGUCAACAAUGAGGCGCCUGCUUCCGCAAAUGGAACUGAUGUCAACGACCCUCUUCGUUGGAGGCAGUGAAGAGGAGGAGGCAGUAGAAACAGGGGAUGGCUACACGGAUGUGUUUUUCCCCGUGGCAGAUCCGUUAUCUUCAUUGCCUUUUCCCGCCCCUUUUCAGUCUUUGCCCCUAUCGGUCUCAUCGAACGGUGUGUUAAUUGCCGGCUCUGACGCAGGCACCGCGUGCCGCUUGCGUCACUCCCUCGCCGACACGCUGGUUUACUUGUUUCUUCUGCACCAUGUUACCUUUUCAGACAUUCAUCAGCACGUAUGGGAUGACGAGCGGAAGUGUGCCAUCUGCAGUCGUUUGUUAAGUCCCACAGGACAUGCGGUGGAAUUUCGCUUUUUCAUGUCCUCUCUUCGGGGCAGUUACCCGCGUUUCUUCGUGAAGAUGGCGUUUGCUGAAGGUGAGUUGCCACACACAUGUAUAAGGGAAACAUUUGACAAUGAGAGCAGCCGCAAUGCAACCUCUCUGUUGGGGUCUUCAUCCUCGGACGAUGUGGUCCCAAAAAUCUUAACGCUCUUUUAUGGAGGCUUUGGCCGGGUGGAAGUAGACAUCCCGCCGACGGUGUCGCGUGAUGGCUUCUUGCGUCUGCGUGAAUCACUUGGUCUUGCGCCCACAUUCCCAAUGCAGCUUCUUUGGAACGUUGUGGUGCUUGCAACGGGGGUUGGUGGGGCGCUAUUACGGGCGCAGGGGCCGUACUUCAAGCUGUACUAUCAGACUUCUUUCACCGCGGCAUUUGAGAAGACAUUUCCCAACACCACCAGCACCGCCAAAACCGCUGGAUGUGAAUCCACACAAGCCGUGAGGGAAGCGGUUUAA